GCGAAAAAAAAGUCGCAGCACAAAAAAACCAUGAUUUUACUUUUUCUUCUCUCGAAAUAAAUAAACAAACCACAAUUUCGAAGAAAUUCGUUUUUUUCUUCUCGUGCUAUUUAUCUCUACUUUGUCUUUUAGCUUUCUUUAAAUUCACCCAAACAAACAAACAAACACAUACACACAACUUCUAUCGACAAACAUGAGCACGGAGGCUGACGAAUGGCUUCAAAUACUCGCACAGCACCCGAUAUUCUCAGAGCCGCCGCAGUUGCCAUCAGUCAGUUCUGCAUCAACGAGCAAACCUAAUGGUGUGCGCCGCGAGCGAGUUGCCGUGCGGGGCACUGAUUUUUUUGUCGCGGUGGGCAGUGAGGUGCGUUGGAUCAAUCUGAAGGCGUGCAAGGACGCGUUUGUGAAGAGCGAAAGCCGGAGACUUGGCGCGCGGGACGGAGUGUCGAAGGAGGACGCGGUUUGUGGCGUCGAGUGGUUCCGCCUUGGGUGCGAAGCACUGACCUUUGAUAUUCGUAAACUAGUUAUUAACACCAAUGGCAAGCUGCUCGCGGCCAUGGGUGCUCAGACCGUGGCUGUGGUGGUCCUACCGGCGCGUGGAGCAACGGGGCGCAGUGGCGGCGCGUUCGAUUCGGCGCGGCAUGACGAUGACGAGGCGCAACAAGCACACUGGGUUGACUGUCGGUCAAUGGCAUUGAGCAACAUGUCUUCGGCAGCUAGCGCGCGCGUCGUCGACGUCCUGUGGCACGCCAUGUCCACGGCCGAAUCACACAUUGCUAUUUUAUAUGCGAGCGGGACACUGCGGCUAUUUGACGUAUCCGAGUCAGUCGAUGAGCCCGAGCAGACUGUCGCGGUAUUCCGCGGAGGGUUUUCGGCAGACCAGACUGUGUCCAUGAGCAUGGGCGGCGCUGGUGCCGCUGGGUGGGCGCGCGCAACCGUGUAUGUAGCGACCACCGGCGGUUCCAUUUAUGCGCUGUGCCCACUGCUACCGCAGCGCUGCUAUGCGGACCGCGCGUGGCUGAAUGCUCUGUAUGAGACCGCGACCCUCGAUGUGCGCGAGUGGCAGGCGGAGGAGUACGAGACCAACGGAACUGUGGUUUCGCCACCCGAGCUUGUCGAGGCACGCGCUGCUGUGCGCUGGCUGGAGCAAGUGCGUGAAUUGGCAGGCGCCGACAAUGAUGACGAUCGUGUGUGUCUGGCGCUUCCUGCUGCGCUGGCACAGCCACUGGCGCCGCAAGGUCCGUUCUUGAUGCAGCCCGAGCCAGAGCCCAUUGGCAGCUAUGAUUCAGACUCAGACUCGAACUCGGAGACCGGCGAUGUGAGCGACGAUGCCAGCGCUGUGCUGCGUUUGGAGACACCCGGUGGGCUGGGACUCAUAGCCGUUGCGUACUGCGACGCACACGUCGACAUAUUUGCCGACCUAGAGCCUGUCAUUGGCCGCUGGGCUGAUAUCAAGCACGCGAUGCGCGGGCGCUCUCUGCCUGUGCUGGCAACCCUGGCCAGCGUCGAUCUGGCCAUCAACUCGCUGGUCACCGGCGACACCACUUAUAAUCAGCGUCCGUCUGGCGCCGUUGCGCUUGUGGGCGACCCGCUCAGCGGCAGCAUUUUCUACGCGCUGCACUCGCGUGGCGCGCAUCGGAUUGACCUGCGCACAUUUGGCACACUUCUGGACCGCUCUGUUUCGCAGGGAGAUGAGGCCAGCCAUGCCGCGAUGCUCGAGCGCCUUGCUGCUGCGCAACCCACCGUGCAGUGCGUUGUUCACACUAAUCCUUGCAACGGGGAGCGUGCGAUGCCGGUGGUUGGCGCGGCAGUUGUCGAUGAUAUUUACCUCUCGUACUCGCUGCUGGCACUGGUUGCACCCAGCCAGCUUGUGGGCGCUUCGCUGCCGCUGAUAUCCGAGCGCGAAGGCGAGGUCGAAGCAACACUUGCCUCUGCAAAGGGCGAUGGCCGUGCUCCCCGGCGCCUUGACUUGUCGAUUGGCGCCAAGGACAUCGUUUAUGUGCCUUGUCUUCCUGCGUCCGGCUACAAUGAGCCUGCGCAAAUGCCUAUCCACCAACCCCGCCUGGUGCUGGGCGACAACGAUAGGGCCGACGGUGUCAACGUCGAUGUGGGCGAGGCCAAGCUGCGCAUUCUGGGCGAAGUCGUCGGCCAGCUGCGUGCCCAGUUGGCUUCCAUCUCGCAGGCACACACAAACAUGCGCGCACAUCUCGAUCUGCAGGUCAAGGAGCACAAGCGGCAGUACGACAAACUGUCGAAAAUUUCUUUGGGCUUUCAGAACCACUUUAACCAGAUGCGCGCAUCGCAGCAGCGCAUUAACAGGCUACGCGACAAUGCCAGUCGCCAGGGUAUGCGUGUCGACCAUAUGCUGCGCCAGUUGAUCACGCACUAUCAGCCAGAACUCACACCUACCGAGCGUGCAUUUGCGCAGGAUGUGCGCCGCAUGGAUGACGGCAUUAAUGGGGCGGCUGGGUACGAGCAGCUGGUUGAUCGUCUGCAGGAGCGGCUGAACGAAAUGCGUGCUUUGUCUAAGAGCGUCAACCCCGCGGCUGGGUGCAGCGGCACGCCGGGUAAGGCACAGCCGCAGGUAUCAGAUUCCGUGCUGGAAAAUAUUAAAAGCACGUUAGAAAACGAGCAAGAGGCCUUGGCCGAGACUUGCGAGCGCAUAUCCGAGCUGCAGGUGCGCCUGGAAGAUGUGCCCUCGUAAUUGGUCGAGCGCCAAACCAUUGGUUACCACCUUAGCAUUAUUUUAUAAAU